CUGACCUCAGAUCAGCUGGCUGUGACUCCUGCAGGAGUUUCCUGUUGGAGCUCAUUUUGACUGCAGCUGAUGAUUCAUCUGCUGAUUAUUUUCUCCAUGAAUCCACUGAUUGUUUGCUUUGUCAAACUGGUGAAACUGGUGAGAAAUGUGGUCCCACUGAGCCAGAGGCCAAAGUGACUCCUUCACAGAGUUUGUUCAGUCCAACCAACAGUCCAAAGCUCAACAUGAUCACAAACACAUUCAGAGGAUUCAAACCAUUCAGAGGAAACACUGAACACAUCAUCAAUACAGAUGAUCAGCUAUUGAUUAGUGGGCUGAUGGCUUCAGCUGUGCUGCUGUAAACUCUUCAAUUUAGGACAAAAAAAGAAGUAGAAGAAGAAAACGAUUCGAAGCUGUGAUCUUUCUUUAGUUCAGUUUUACUUCCUGCUGCUUUGACGUGUCAUCACAGAUUUAAUCUGAUUCUAAUCUGCGUGUUCGUCACGUUCAGCUGCUGGUCGCUUCUCGUCUUUCUUCUUUGAGCUCAGGUUGGAAACCAGCGAAGCUCCAACACUGAAACGGUCUCUGUCUCCCCCUGCUGGUUCCACCAUCGAACUACAACCAACAUUCAUUUCAGUUCAAACUGAGCGAUGGUGAUGGAGGUGAAGCUCCACCUGAGUGUGAGUCUGCAAAAGAACAUUUUGAUUUGGCUGAAGUCAACUUUAAAUCAACUUUAAAUUAUUUACAUUUGGACCCAAACUCAUUUAACUGAAUCAGCUGAAGCCACGAGAGACUCUCAUAAACACUUCCUGUUAAAACACUCACACACACACAAUGAUUUCCUGUCAGUGUUGAGGGGAGGAGCAUCACUGAUCAUGUGACUCAGGCUCCUGAACAGGUAAGCAGCCCUGAAAGUGAAAGAGUUCAGUUGAUUCAGACUCCAUUUUGAGUUGAUGCAGCUGAGAAGAAGAAGAAGGAAACUGCAGUCUGAGGCAGGUGAGUGUUAAUACAACAUUUAAAUGAUUCACCUGUCAAAGUCUCUGAGUGUCUUUUUGUCCCUCUGGACUGUAGAGCAAAGACAUGUGAGGAUGAAGUCAACAGUUUGAGUCGUCUGUGGACACAAAAGACGUGACAAAACAACAAAACACACACACAAGAAACCAGAAGGGACCGAGUGAAGCUUUUAGACUGAAUACUGUGUGUGUGUGUGUGUGUGUGUGUGUGUGUGUGUGUGUGUGUGUGUGUGUGUGUGUGUGUGACUUUUGAACAAACUUGUUCCUCUUCAUUCCUGUAACUGUUUGAGACAGUGUUUUAUGAGUUAAUGAAAUGGUUUUAAAGAAGUUAAUAAAUAAGUAUGAGUUCAUAAUGAGUUCAUAAACAAUUUAGAGCAUUAAAAUGUGAGAGUAAAGAGACAGAAAGAGUUCCAAUGUGAUUUUAUUUUUAAAUGUACAGACAUGAUUUGUUGUACGAGGAAUUGUGGGUAGAAGGAGAGCGCGCGCUUUGAGAAAAGAGAGUCUGGAUAUGGCAGCGCAUGGUCAGAAAACACAACAAAAGGACUACACUAUGUUCUAGAGGCGCACACGGUAAAUAUACUUUUGUUUGCCUGUGUAUUAUUUUGGUUAUUUCCACUUGGACUGUAUUUUUGUUUGUUAUUUUGAGCGGCAUUAGCCUCAUUUGGACUUUUAUGUUUCAGUUUUCACGGUGUCUCAAGAUUGUUUGUCGUCGGAGGAGAAUGAGGAGGAAAUAAAAAAGAUGAAUCUUGACAUCAGUAUGAUUCGUGGCCUUUUUCAAGAACGAGUGUAGCUACAAUUCCUGUGUUGUCAGCUCAGUGUUGAUGUUUUUCCUCUCAGACUGACCUCAGAUCAGAAGAUGAGUGGUUUUGUGGAGGAAGAGGAGGACAGAGCCGAGUCUCCAGUGUCCAGCUGUCUCUCUAUGAAGAGUGACAAGUCCAAAGAACGUCCUCCAGACCUCAGUGAUGAACCUGGACCCUCAGACACAAAACGUAAGAAGAUGAGCUGUUUUCUGUGUCAGGACGUCCUGAAGGAUCCAGUCUCUGCCAGCUGUGGACACUGGUUCUGCAGACAGUGUAGCAGCUCAUACUGGGACCAGUCUGGGUCACCUGCAGACUCGUCCUGUCCUCAGUGUGGACACAGAUCCAGGACAGGAUGUGGACAGCAGACGGCCAGUCAGAGCAGCUCUGUCCAAACAGAUCCUGGUCUGCGGGAGGUGACAGAAGAACAUAAACUCAGUCUGAAGACGAGAUGUGAGCGUGUGACUGAAGGAAGUGAAACAGGAAGUGGGACCCUCCUCAACAGGAUCUACACUGAGCUCUACAUCACAGAGGGUCAGAGUGAAGACGUUAAUACCCAACAUGAGGUCAGGCAGCUUGAGACGACUUCCAAGAUGAAGACCCUCAAUGAGACUCCGAUCAGGUGCCAGGACAUCUUUAAAGUCUUAUCUGACCGGGAGACCAUCCGAGUCGUUCUGACCAACGGCGUCGCUGGUGUUGGAAAAACCUUCUCAGUGCAGAAGUUCACUCUGGACUGGGCUGAGGGCCUGGAAAACCAGGAUGUCAGUCUGGUGGUUCUGCUGUCGUUCAGGGAGCUGAACUUGAUCAGAGAUGAGCAGUACAGUCUUCUCACGCUGCUCCAUGUUUUCCAUCCAGCAUUACAGAAGCUCACAGCAGAGCAGCUGGCUGUCUGUAAACUUCUGUUCAUCUUUGAUGGCCUGGAUGAAAGCAGACUUUCACUGGAUUUCAAGAACAUUGAGGUUGUGUCUGAUGUCGGACAGAAGUCAUCAGUCAACGUGCUGCUGGCAAACCUCAUCGAGGGGAAUCUGCUUCCCUCGGCCCUCGUCUGGAUGACGUCCAGACCCGCAGCGGCCAAUCAGAUCCCUCCUUCAUGUGUUGACAGGGUGACAGAAGUACGAGGUUUCACUGAUGAGCAGAAGGAGGAGUACUUCAGGAGGAGGUUCAGUGAUGAAGAUCUGUCCAGCAGAAUCAUCUCACACAUCAAGACAUCCAGGAGCCUCCACAUCAUGUGUCAAAUCCCAGUCUUCUGCUGGAUCACGGCUACAGUUCUGGAGGACAUGUUGACUACAGACCAGAGAGGAGAGCUGCCCAAGACCCUGACUGACAUGUACUCGCACUUCCUGCUGGUCCAGACAAAGAGGAAGAAGCAGAAGUAUGAUGAAGGACAUGAGACGAGCCCACAGGAGCUGAUGGAGGCUGACAGAGAGGUUCUUCUGAAGCUGGGGAGGCUGGCGUUUGAACAUCUGGAGACAGGAAACAUCAUGUUCUACCAAGAAGACCUGGAGCGAUGUGGUCUGGAUGUCAAGGAGGCCUUGGUGUACUCAGGAGUUUGUACAGAGAUCUUCAGAAGAGAGCGUGUGAUCUUCCAGAAAACAGUCUACUGCUUUGUUCAUCUGAGCAUUCAGGAGUUUCUGGCUGCAGUCUACAUGUUCCACUGCUACACCAACAGGAACACAAAGGUUCUGGAGGCUUUCCUGGGGAAAAAACAUAUUCGUUCAAACCUGGAUGGCUUCCUGAUGGAAGCAAUGAUGAAAUCCAUGAGGAGUAAAAAUGGUCACUUGGACCUGUUUGUUCGCUUCCUUCAUGGCCUUUCUCUGAGGUCCAAUCAGAGACUUUUAGGAGGCCUGCUGGGUCAGACAGACAGCAGUCCAGAAGCCAUCCAGAGAGCCAUCACCAACCUGAAGAAGAAGAAGAACACAGAUAACAUCUCUCCUGACAGAAGCAUCAACAUCUUCCACUGUCUGAUGGAGAUGAACGACCACUCAGUGCAUCAGGACAUCCAAGAGUUUCUGAAGUCAAAGAACAAACUGAAGACGAAGCUCUCUCUGAUCCACUGCUCAGCUCUGGCCUACAUGCUGCAGAUGUCAGAGGAGGUUCUGGAUGAGUUGGACCUGAAGAAGUACAACACAACAAAGGAGGGACGACUGAGACUGAUUCCAGCUGUGAGGAACUGCAGGAAGGCUGUCUGGUAGUGCUCUGUGUCAGAGUGUGAGUGAGCAGAAAGGUGGUGUUCAGCUGAGUCCUGAUGAUCCAGAGAGCUUGAAGCAGCAGCAGCUUAUGGGUGGAGAGGAGAACUUCAUCAGCACCGACUGACGGAGGAAUCACAGCAAGUGGAGACGAAUCUCAGAGCCCGUUCACACCUGCUGUUAACAUCCAUCCUGGGUGAUCCGAUCACAAGCAGAUGACUCUGAGUCCGUUCACACCUGCCUAAUGCAUCCUAAUGCGUCUCCACAUGCGUCUCCAGUGACCAGUUGGGAUCAGAUUGCACUUCCUCACUCUGCCUGCAAACAAACGUCACUGGGACAAACAAGCUCAGUGUUUUUUACUAAAUAAUUUAACGCAGAAUAUUUACUGACUUUACAAGAAGACUCAAGUGAUCGAGAAUUUGUCAUAGAUCGCAUUUAAGAAGUUUAUAAAGUUUCUCCUUGCUCAGUAACUUCUUUAAGGGAGUCUGGGGUUUGUCUCCAUGUCCUUCACUGUGGCAGCUUCUGUUGGUUGCUCUUCAUGUUCACUUCAAGCUGACAGGUUGUCCUUCAGUUGGACUCGGGACACAUUCAUGUUCUCACUGCUGAAAGACUGUGGUCACAUGUGGCCCAGACCUCCUCUGAAUGUGGUCUGACUGAUGGGAUCUCAGUGUGUCCUCAAUGAGUCUCGAGUGCGUUCACACCUUUACUCAGAGCUGUGCAGGUGUGAUGGGAUCACUCAAGGUGAGCAGCAGGUGUGAACUGCUCUGAGAUCAGCUCCACUGUCAGACUCCUCCGCUCCUCCUGCUCCACACUCGGCCACCUCCUCCACCUGCAGCCUGGACUUGUCUUCUGUCAGAUAGCAUGAACCCAAAGUGCAUCCACUCAUCAGUCCUGUUCAUGACAGCAGAACCCCGGACACUUUUAAAACACAGAUUUCUGCUUUCUGUCGCAGCGCCACCCUGUGGAACGUCUGAGUGUUGCAGUUCAUUUCCUCAAGUUGAUAUUGCAUGUAUGAAGUGAGCAGUCGCAGCGGGUUGUUUGUUCUAAACUAUAAAUGUUUUUACAUUUUGUCUCUUGUGACGCUGUCCUCUGCUGACGUCUGCAGUGUGUAUUCUGAUCUGUCUGUGAAUGUCUUUCCUGUCAACUGGCCGUGCAGACUAAGACUCAGAUUUGUUGACUGUUUAAGUCACUGCUGUCCUCUUGUUACUGCCGGACAAGGAGAGAAAAAAUCAUAUACAAAAUAAAAGUGAAGCUCCAGUCACUGCAGGGCACAUUUUGUUCCUGUCUAUUUAUCCAUUCAUGUUAUGCUGUUAUUUAAUCUCACAAAUGUUUGCUCUGCAUUAAAUUGUGUUUCAACUCUUGA